AGCAGCCGUGGGACGACUUGAUCUCCAGUUCUCUUCCAUCUCUAAAUAUCUGUUGGUGUGCUCCCGACAUUUUCACUCCGGGAAGCCUGCCUAUGAAAUGGAUCAAACAAAUCCAGACUGGGUACCAACGCUACACAUGAACUCCGAAAAAAGACGACGAACGCAAGGACAACAACAAAGAGCACUAGUCGGAGGCAGAAAGGCAGAGAAGGCAUCUGCAGAGAAGAUAAGAAGAAAAAUGAGACUGGAUGUGUUCAACAGAAGACAGACAGCAAAGCUACAACAGAUAGCACAAAUCAAGCUAUCUGCAGAAGGCAUCCCUGCAAGGGACCCAGCAGCCAAGGAUGCAGGACCAACAACCCUUGAUGGUCGAAGGAGGCUUUUUAAAGGUGCUGUCCCGACACUUUUUCAGUGGAAUAAUUAUAAAGUCGAACCAACGCAGAGUAGUGUUUGGGAGAGAACGGAGCGACCCCCUGAACUAGUUCAUCCUGGGGAUCAAGGUCAGCACAGUGUUACAGGAGAUCAUGACUACUGCUCAGUCCCUGAGCCAUCAGCAGAAGACCUGUCCAAAGACGUGGAGAGUCUGAGGAAGGAAAUACAGGAGUUACGUGUCCAGCGAGAGUUUGGGUUACAGCGGUUUGCUGGCUCUGACACUGACAUCCAAUUCUAUACCAGAUUUCCAAGCUAUGAUCAUUUGAUGGCAUUCUGGGUUUUGAUUGAGCCUUGCAUCUAUAAGAUGAUCCGGGCUUCAAGAGCCAAGUCAGCUGCCAACACGGACGAAGAAGUGUUGACACCUGCACGCACACAAACGAGGCAGCUGCUCCAGCCAAUUGACGAGUUCUUUCUUUUCCUGGUUUUCCUGUCUGUUGGUCUGAAGGAGAGGGACCUGGCUCAUCGAUUCAACAUACACCAGUCCACAGUGAGCAGCAUCAUUGCAACAUGGACAAGUUUUCUUGCCACUGCACUGGGGUCUCAGUGCAUCUGGCUUACACGUGCAGAAGUGCAAGCUUACCUCCCUAAGGAAUUCAAAGGUUUCUCAGACACCCAGGUGAUCCUUGACUGUACAGAGCUGAGGUGUCAGACACCAUCCUCACCACUUCUCCAGAGUGAAACGUACUCUUCAUACAAAUCCCACUGCACGAUGAAAGCCCUGGUUGGCAUAGCUCCACAUGGUCCAGUCACAUUCAUCUCUGAUCUGUACGCAGGUUCGGUUAGUGACAAGGAACUAUUCAAACAAUCAGGCAUUGCUGAGAAGUUGACUGAAGACAUGGCAGUGAUGGUAGAUAAGGGCUUCCUGAUCACAGAUGGUUGUAAAUGCAAAGUGUACCGCCCCCCUUUUGUAUCUAAGCAGAAGAAGAAGAAGAACCAGGUUAAGGAGACGCAGGCCACAGUCAGACUCGGGCUACAUGUGGAGCGAGUCAUUAGGAGGAUCAAACAGAACAAACUUUUUGAUGGCAUCAUCACCAUGUCACCUGUUUACAAUAUCAACCAACUGUUUGCAGUAGCAUGUAUGCUGUCAAAUUACCAGAACACAGCAUUAGUUAAAAAACGGGUUAAGUGAGACGAGAUGGAGUUGUCCCAAGACAGCAGUGCAAGUAACUUAUGCUAGGCAUGGAGCUUUAAAUACUUACUAUGUAAAUAAGUUCUGCAAACAUUCAAUGUGUAAAAUGUUUUUGAUAUUUUUGCUAAAAUAAGAGUUUAUUGGUUUCACACAACAGUAAAAUGUUUUUUAAAAAUUCAUUAAAAGUUUUGCCAAUAAAAUAUCACUUUGUUCA